AUGUCCUGCAGCACGCUUACACUGCUCACACCCGCACACCCAGGGGUAGGAAAGAGUUCCACCUACCGAUCGAUCAGGGUCUGUGUGUGUGCUGGGCCGGAUGUGUGGAGGAGAACCCCUGACCCACAUUCAGACUCAGAGCCCUGGUCCUCCACAGAGACACAGACUCAGAGCCCUGGUCCUCCACAGAGACACAGACUCAGAGCCCUGGUCCUCCACAGAGACAGACUCAGAGCCCUGGUCCUCCACAGAGACAGACUCAGAGCCCUGGUCCUCCACAGAGACACAGACUCAGAGCCCUGGUCCUCCACAGAGACACAGACUCAGAGCCCUGGUCCUCCACAGAGACAGAGACAGACUGAGAGAGGACGGAGGAGGACGAUGAUGCUGAGACGAGCAGCCUGGAUGCUGUUAGCAGCUGUGUGUGUGCAUUCUGCUGCUGCAGCCGUGCUGAAGGUGGACGCGUCCCAGGAUGGCGGCGGUGUCGGCGGGGACACCAUCAGCCACUCUCUGACCCUGCUGCAGCGCCUGGAGGCUCUGCUGCUGCAGGGCAACGGCAGCGACGUGUCCCUGCGGGUGGAGACGCCGAGCGCAGACGAGGUGAAGGUGAUCCAGGCCCACGCCCUGGUCCUGUCCCUGCAGAGCCCCGUGUUCGACGAGAUCCUGCAGAGCCGCAACAGCAGCACGCUGGUCCUGAAGGAGAGCGCCGACUGUGCCGCCGUGUUCGACAAGUUCAUCAGGUAUCUGUACUGUGGAGAGAUUUCUCUGCGCGUGGAUCAAGCCACACCGCUACACAAGCUGGCCUCUAAGUACCAGGUCCUGGGUCUGCAGCAGGGCAUCACCCAGUACAUGACCCACAACCUGGCCCGGGACUCGUCCUCGGGCCACGUGGCGGGCUGGUACGAGUACGCGGUGCAGGCGGGGGACGGGCCCCUGAGGGACAGCUGUCUGCAGUACAUGGCGUGGAACUUGUCGUCGGUGCUGCAGAGCGGCGAGUGGGCGAGCGUCAGCAGCCAGCUGCUCAUGUCGCUGCUGCAGCGCUCCGACCUCGUCCUGCAGAGCGAGAUGGAGCUGUUCGCCGCCCUGGAGGCGUGGAUCAUCCAGAACGACCCUGACGGGCUGACGGCGGAGAACGCGCUGAGGGCCGUGCGGUACGCCAUGAUGCCGCCGCGGGAGCUCUUCCGCCUGCAGACGCAGUCGUCGGUGCUGGCUCGCUACCAGGAGUCAGUACGGGACCUGCUCUACAUGUCCUACCAGUUCCACUCCGCCUCGCCGCUGCACAUGGCCAAGUACUUCGACGUGAACUGCAGCCUCUUCAUGCCCAGGAACUACCUGUCCCCGGCGUGGGGCUCGCCAUGGAUCAUCACCAACCCGUCCAGAGACGACCGCAGCACCAGCUUCCAGACCCAGCUGGGCCCCAGCGGGCACGACUCCAGUAAACGGGUCACGUGGAACGCCCUGUUCUCGCCGCGCUGGCUGCCCCUCAGCAUGAGGCCCAUGUACACGGAGACGGGCGCCAUGCAGCCGACCCGCGUGGACGGAGGCCGCCCCCGCAUCAUCAUCACCCCGGCCACGUCCAGCGCAGACUUCGCCGGCGUGAACUUCCAGAAGACGGUGCUGGUGAUGGCGCAGCAGCAGCACGGGAAGGUGGUGGUCAAACACGUGUACAACUUCCACCAGAGCACCGAGGAGAACGGAGACUUCCUGUCCGAGGCCGACCUCUACCGCCGCACCUCCGACUACCUGCUGGACAGCUCGCUGUUCCUCCAUAUCGUGGUGAAGCCGCUGUACCAGAGCCUCAUCACCAGCAAGAACUGACCCCAGAUCACUCACAUCACGUUCGUCUCUGAUAACUGUGUUUUCAUUGGGCAACUAAACCAAACCAGAGCCUGACUAAUCAUUAACGGACAGGGUGUGAUGAAAGGAUCAGGCUGCUGCUUUCUGUAUGAUUCUUACUGUCAACUCAUCCAGAGAAAAGAACAAACCAGUAAAGUAUCCACUAACAAAUCACAGAGCUCCAAAACUAUUAAAAACACACCAGAGAGCCUCACAAAGCCUCAACAGCACCAAAUGUAGAUCAAUCCGCCGCUGAAAAUAGUCCCUACAAAUUCACUGUUUCCUCCUGUUUGAAUAAUCUUUUUGCAAAAAAUUAAAACGUCCAGCUGUUAAAGGAAAUUACUGAGCAUUUUCAAAAGCUUUUUUACAUUGUUUUUCACUCAAACACUAUUGGUUUUAGUCUUUUCAUGGAGGUUGUUGACAGUGAGACAGAUGUAUAAAACCUCAGCCUCAUCCUUCAUACUCGCGGUUCUGUUCCUGCUACAUUUUCUUUGUAUUGUUUCGAAAUAUUGGUGCUAUUAAACCCAGUUUACAGUUAUUAAUCGGCCAGUCAGCACUGAUGAUCUGCAGGUUAAACUGAUCAUCUGCACAUAAAAUGGCUGUUUUUGCUGCUUUGAAAUAAAAGCAUUAAAGGCUGUUAAAACACGAGUUAGAUGUAAAAAAUAAAACCCUUUUAUAACACGUUUUUGACCUGUGACUCGGUGCUGACUGGUUCCACGUUCGGCUCCUCCACAGGAACAUUUUUACUUUUUAUUUUUUGGUCCUGAUGUAUUUACAGAUCAUGUCAGCCUCCUACUGUAGAAGUUCAUUAGCUCAUUAAUGUGAUUAAAUCAUGACUUAUAUUCACUGUUGCAUUAAUCAAUGUUUCCUGAUAAUAAAAGAUUUUUAAUAAAGUUUUAACAGUAAA